AUGAAUCCCGAAUACGAUUAUCUAUUUAAAUUAUUGCUCAUCGGUGAUUCCGGUGUUGGUAAAUCAUGUCUUUUAUUACGAUUUGCUGAUGAUACUUAUACAGAAAGUUAUAUUAGUACAAUCGGUGUAGAUUUCAAAAUUCGAACAAUCGAUCUCGAUGGUAAAACAAUCAAAUUACAAAUUUGGGAUACUGCUGGUCAAGAACGAUUUCGUACUAUCACAAGUAGUUACUAUCGUGGUGCACAUGGUAUUAUCGUUGUCUAUGAUGUAACCGAUCAAGAAUCAUUUAAUAAUGUGAAACAGUGGCUUCAAGAAAUUGAUCGUUAUGCAAGUGAAAGUGUGAAUAAAUUAUUAGUUGGUAAUAAAUGUGAUUUAACAGCUAAGAAAGCUGUUGAAUAUACUAAAGCAAAAGAAUAUGCUGAUUCAUUAAAUAUCCCAUUUUUGGAAACAUCGGCAAAAAAUUCAACAAAUGUCGAACAGGCAUUUAUGACAAUGGCUACAGAAAUCAAGUCUCGUAUGUCAUCGGUACAAUCAGGACCAACGCCUAAAGCAUCAUCUAAUGUUAAUGUUGGUUCAGGAGGAAAACCAGUUCAACAAUCCGGCGGUUGUUGUUAG